AAUCAUUCAUCUUUUUGCCGAUGUUCAAAACCCUAGAAACCCCAUCUUCACUGCUCUGUAAGAGAGAGAGUGGCAGCCAUGGGAGAGGAGCUUGAGGAGAGAGAAAGAGGUCCGAUUUUCAGAGAUAUUCGUCGAUAUUACUGCCAAUUUUGCGGUAUUUGCAGAUCUAAAAAGUCGCUCCUCAAUUCUCACAUUCUCUCUCAUCACCAGGAGGAAUUGGAGAAAAAGAGAGAAGUUGAAGGAGAAGAUGAAAACGAGGGGCAAAAUUGUAAUAACACAUGUGAAGAAUGUGGUGCUAGUUUUAAGAAACCUGCUCACUUGAAGCAACACAUGCUUAGCCAUUCACUUGAGAGGAGCUUUGUUUGUCCGAUAAAUGACUGCAAUGCUAGUUAUAGAAGGAAAGAUCACUUGAAUCGUCACAUUCUUCAGCAUCAAGGGAAGCUAUUUAGAUGCCCUGUAGAAAACUGUAGUAAGGAGUUUUCUGUUCAAGGGAAUGUUAGUAGGCAUUUGAAGGAAUUUCAUGAAGAUAAGCCUGAACCUGAUUCCGGGAAGGGACAAAUAAAACAUGUUUGUGAGGAAAAUGGAUGUGGGAAGGAGUUCAAAUAUGCUUCUCAGUUGCGGAAACAUGCUGAAUCCCAUGUCUUGGAAUCUUCAGAAACAUUUUGUGCUGAUCCGAGCUGUAUGAAACCCUUUGCCAACAUUGAUUGCCUCAAAGCUCAUAUCAGAUCUUGUCACCAAUAUGUAAACUGUGAGGUUUGUGGUUCCAAGCACCUAAGGAAGAAUUACAAACGUCACCUGUCAACUCAUGGAGAGCAUUUGCCCACCAUACUCAAAUGCACCUUCGAGGGAUGUGACCACUCAUUUACCACGAAAUCAAAUAUGCAGCAGCAUGUAAAGGCAGUACAUUUGAAACUCAGACCCUUCGUUUGUAGCUUCACUGGUUGCGGCAUGAGAUUUGCCUUCAAGCACGUGAGAGAUAACCAUGAGAAAAGUGCUCGCCAUGUAUAUGUGCAUGGAGAUCUUGAGGAGUUCGAUGAGCAAUUCAGAUCCAGGCCUCGCGGUGGACGGAAAAGAAAGCUUCCUAAUGUUGAGAUGCUCUUGCGUAAAAGAAUUAGUGCACCUAAUCAAUGUGAUGGUGUUCUAGAUGAUAGCUCGGAAUUCCUGUCGUGGUUGCUUUCAGAUGAUGAUAGUUCAGAGAGUUAAUUGAUUAUAUUACAGGGCAGAAUCAUUAGCUUAAGUUUUUUGUAAAUUAUGGGAGACUAGACUAGAUGUGGAUUAAAAGGAGACUAUAUAUAAUAGUUAGGGAGAUUCAGAAAGUUGUAUAUUGGGUUGCUUAUCUAGUUUUUGAAUGUUCAAUACUUGGUUUAACUCGCUAAUUAUACUACAGAGUAAUUUGUAUUUAGUAAAUACUUCGCACUA